UAUGAUUGGUGUGGACCAAUCAGAUGAUGAAUAGGAGCAAUAUGGCGUCAAAGUAACAUGUAAAAUGCCUUAAAAAUGCUCAGUUUGACAACUUAAUCAUAACCUUUGGAUUAUUGGAGUCCCCGCUGUAAAACUUGUUUUUUGGGAUUCUGUACAUUAAAAAUUAUAAGCUUGCGAAAGAAAAUAAGUAAAUUUUAAAAACAUGUCAAGAGAAACAAGGACAAUGGAGAUAAAUAAAUACAUUUUAUCAAAAUUAUGGUAUACGUCUCUUAUUAUUUACCGGAGAAAUAAUAACAAAUCUUUUUUUUCACAAUGUAACAAUGAUAUUGAGGAUUUUGUCGAGUCAAAAACUCUGAUUACAAAUUUAAUUCAUUCUCAGAAUGAAAAUCAAUAUCAAUGGAUAAAUUAUAUAUUAUUGCAUAAAUUUCUCAACAAUAUAGCUUUAGAUACUAAAUAUGUAGAAAAACCACAAAGUUAUGUUCAAAUGAUAUAUGCUUUGCAAUUGUACAAAAAUUUGACAAUAUAUUUACAACAGGAGUUACUAGCAUUCUAUAAAAAUAGUUUAGAACAAAGAAGUUCAGAAGAUUUUGAGAAAAUACAGAAUGGAUAUUUUAUACUUUUGAAAAAAAAUGUUUGUGAUAAUCCAUUUAUUACAUGUUGGAUUCUUAACGAAUUAUUGUUAAUUUAUCCUAAGUCAUCAGUUAAUAUUAUUUAUAAUCUACAAAAUUUUUAUUUUUUGCUGAUAAAAGAAUUGAUGGAAUUUGAAUUAUCUAAACAGAAAUCAGACAAUGACAAUUAUUUUGGAUGUAUAUUAUGUAUUAUCUCAAAAAUGAAUAUUGUUGAAUUUAAUGAUCCUACAUUGUCAAAAUGGCUUUUUCCUAUGAUGUUGAAAACUAAAAAUAUUCAAGAUAUUGAAUUUGCAUUGUAUUCAAGAACAGAUCAUCACUUUUUAAAAAAAUGGUGUACUUUUCUUAGUGAAUUUUAUAUACAUUCCAAACCUAAUAACAAUUUGAAUCAUGUAUUGAAAAUUCAGAAAAUAUUAUUUCAUUUUCCUUCUGCUUCUGUCCCUAUUCUAAAUAAGAAUAAUCUUAUAGAAAGAAUAAGUAAUAAUAAAUUACAUUGGAUCAUAGACAUUUUGGACAUGUGUUAUAUUUUAAUGAUAAAUGGACGAUAUAAUGAUGUUUCAUUAAUACUAUCCUGUACAUUAUUAAAAGCAUUUUGGCCAGUUUUGUUAUUUAAAGUUUUGCAUGAGUAUUCGCAAGAAGAAAUAUUUUUAAAUAAUGCUAAGAAAGAUUAUGAUUUCAUAUGUAAUUCAAUUGAAUUUUUAAUACCUAAAUGUAAUUUUGAUGUAUUAUGUGAUCCCACAUUGAAUGAAUUACAAAAUGUACUGUGGAAAAAUGUAAAAAUUUUGAAAUAUAUCCUAAAUUGCAGAAGAGACGAUGUUAAAACAAAUAACAUAUAUCAUGAUGAGAUAACAGAGACAACUGACUUUCAGCAAAAGCUUUCUAUACAGCAGAUAUUCAAUCUUUUACAACAUUUUGAUAGUCUUUUAGUAUUAAAAAUGACAACAGAUAUAUAUGAACAAAACUAUGAAAAAGUAAAAAAUUUAUUAAAAGAUGUUUGCGAAUCUGAAAAUGUCUUCAUAGCAUAUUGUAGUAUUUUAAGUGCUUUGAAAGGUGUCUUAUUGUGUAAUAGUUAUGAAGCAAAGCAAUCUAUUAUAUCAAAGUACUUUUUUGAUAUGGAUCAUUAUAUAAAAAUCUUAUUUCCGCUUAAUCUACGAAUACAAGUAAUAGAAAAUAUAUUUUCUUUACUUUUUUUGCGAUAUGAAGACUUUGGUCAUACACAAAAAAGUUAUGACAAAAGCUAUAUAAAUAAAUCCCAUGAGCAAUUAAAAUUCGAAAGUAAGUGGAUGAAACAACAUCUAGGAGGUUUUAUUUGUAACAAAUAUGCUGUGAGAGAUAUAUUAUUCCACUUAGAGAAUAUUAUCUCGAUAACAGAAACUGCAUGCACAGAAGAAUCUAUAGAAGAAAAAGAACAAAUUCAAAAUAAUAUUGCUUCUAUCAAUGCAGCAAUAACAAAUGCUAAAUGGAGAUUUGAACUUUAUACAACUUCGGAAUUUACUAAAAAUAUUAAUAUGAAAUAUGAAAAUAGAAGUUACUUAUCUAAAUUUAAACCUAAAUCUCUAUUAGGUGGAAAGUUACCUUCCGAUUGUUCCAAAGAAAAGAUAUUUUUUUAUCAAGAAGGUAAUAUUUCAGAUGAAACAGAGACAAGAUCUAGUAAUAGUUCUGAAUCAGAACUAGUACAUAAUACUAAAUGGCGAAAACGUUCUAAUAGUUUAGUAUUAACAACAGAUGAUAUAACAACUAAAGACAUCAUCCAUAAACCAUUAUUUGUGAACUUCAUGCUAGCAACAAAAGAAAGCUUAAUUAUUAGAUGUUUAUGGAAAAAUGAUUAUGCAAAAGCACAAGAUAUUAUAGAGACAUGCAAUAUGAAGAAUACCCAGCUAACUGGGGAAGUGCAGUUUUCCAAAGCAUUACGUACACUUAGGGAAAAUGUAUGUAAACAAGCAAAUACAUUGAAAAAUAAUGGUCAAUCUCCAGAGAACUCACAAUUUUCUACACUAGAGAAUAUAAGGCUAGUUACACAAGAGGGUAUAAAAUCCUCUAGACAAACUAGUCAAUUUGAAACGUUUUUGAUAUCUCAAGAAAUGAAUUUGCGAUUAUUAUCUAUGGAAAUUCUCACCAAUAAUGAAAUAUUAGCAAUAUGUGCGUUAGAUUUGGCUUUAACAAUGAGUCAAACUUACCCAAUUUCACAGAAUCUUUGUGAAAUUGCAGUGAAAUACUUAAAAUUGUGUAAAACAUUUGAUAAUACUGAAUAUGUAUACUUCUUUCAUAAAUUUUGUCAAUUGUUAUAUGAAAAGAAAGAUGUGGUUUCUGUAGAAGAUAUACUCUGUGAUGCAAGAAUUGCAUUAUGCAUAAAGGAAUGUAAAGAAAAGGAAAACUUUUGGACUGAUAUUAUGAUUAAUUAUCAUGAAUUUAAAGAAUCACAGACUGAUAAAGAUACAAUUAAUCAAAUAUUAAAAGAUAGUAAUUAUUUGCCUGGUUUAAAAAUACUUAGCAAAAUAGUAACAGUUGCUUGCGGAUCUCGGAAAUAUAUGCAAAAUAUGUGCUCUCACUUACAACUUUUACAUUCAAUUAUUCCAACUGAACAUACAAUGUCUACAGUUUCUGAUUUAUUAAAAAUUCCAUUACAUUAUUAUUUUGGUUACCAAAUAUUUGAACUUAAAAUUGAGCCACAAAAACUUGAAGCAAUUGCUCAUGAUUUACAAGUUAAUUUGUCGUAUAGUAUCCUUACAAAUACUUGCCCUAAACUUUCUUAUCGAGAAGAUACAAGUUAUACUAUUAUUAGUAAGGAAAAUGGAUGUAUUGUUUUGAACAAAGCUUCAUCUAAGUCGGAUUUAAAUUACAAGCUUCAAAGACCAAAUCAAUGUGUUUCAGAGAUAUUAACAGAAAUGUUGCAAAUUUUGCAUAAUUUAAACGUGAAUCAAUUCCGUUUGGAUCCUGAUGUUUGUAAAACUAUUUUAAACUAUUCUGAAAUUCAAACUGUAUUAAAGAAAACAUCUCGUCUUGCAAGUUUAGAUUUGAGUGAAUUAUCUGUGGGUAAUGAAACAUUAGCAUUUCUUUUGAAUACAUGGAAUCUGAUGUUUCUACAUACUGCUUUAACUAUUUGGGGAAAUCGUCCUCCUUUUAACAACUUACAGCAUGCAAUUUCAUCAAUGUCAGUUGGUUAUUUAAUUGGUGAUUUGGGUUUAGUAACAAUUGCUGCACUUAGAUCAAAAUUAUUAAAUAACAUAAUGUUAGAUAAUACAUUUUUUAUACAAGUCGAAGAACUUAAUGAACCAGCUUGGCAAGAUUUGGACAUUACCCAUGAUCCAAGAGUAAUUUUUGUAAUGGCUAAUGAAUUUUUAGGGUCACCUCGUAUACAAGUCUAUAACUCAGACUCAUUGGAUGAAGAUUUAACUAACGCUUUUCAUGAAUAUCUAAAUUAUUACUCAUGUGAGAAGUCUACUCAAAGUAUAGAAAAACAAAAGAUAAUGUUACUUCCAAAAAUUGUAGAACAAUAUCAAACUUUCAUUUCUCAGAAUUUUAAAAAUGAUUUACAGAUAAGUAAUAACAGUAACAAACUAUUUUCAAUAAAUGAUUAUUUUAAAUCUUUUAAUGAAGAUAUAGUUAUACAGUAUAUGCCACUUUCCUAUUCAUACAAUGUAAUAUUGAAAUAUUCAAAUUAUUCCAAUUCAUAUAAUCAUAAACAAAUUAAUCAGUAUAAUACUACCUGGAAAAAUCAUAAUAUAAGACCAAGUUUAUUACAAUACUUAGAAGGCCAAUAUUGGAUCGUUUCGUAUCUUUUACAAAGGAUAAAUAAUGAAAAUCCUACUAUUUUAACAAACAGUUGUGAUAACUUGAAACGCACUGCAUGUCUUGAAAAUCUUUUAACGUCAUAUUGGACGAAGGAAUUGAAACUAUUAUUUGAAAAUAAUCAAACUCUUGCAGCCAUAUCCGAGGCGAUAUCAAUACAAAAAUUGUGGUCUCAUUUUGAAUUUAUGUUAAAGGAAGAUGAAUUGGAUGGUUGUUUGAGACUUAUAAAUGCUUUGCCAACUCAUAUUGCUUUAAGCAGCGAAUUGCAAUGUUUCCGAGAUAAAAUUCUCAGUCACAUAAUUUCGAAAAAAAAAGAUACAUUCAACAUGGUGAUAUUGCAAUAUUUAUAUCAAAUUAAAGAUAUAUAUAUAUUAAGCCAAACAGUAUUGUAUAAUGUUAACAAAUGGCAUAUAAAUAUUUGUGAGAAUGCAUUACUUCAUACAGUAUAUCAUGUAGAUAACUACAAAUUACCUAUACAUUGUAAGUUACAAUUGAAUGAAAUCUUGCACAGAGUGCUAAUUUUUCAUAAAAUGCUUCCAUAUUGUAUAAUUAAAUCCAACGAAAUUUCGUAUAAUAUUGUUUAUUGUACAGAAAAAGUUGACCCAUUACAAAUUAUCAAAUCACUAAUCAAUGCAGAUAAAUUUGAAUUGUGUUUGGAAUGGAUGGAAUGUCAAGCAUUUUCUUUAGAAAUACAUCCUUCUAUAAUGCAAGAUUUUUUAAUUGGUUUUUUAAAAAAUGAAUCUCAAAAUUUUAAACAAACUUUAAAGUUUUUUCAGGCAUUACCUUUGGAUCAGUCAAUUAAACUUUGCAAGAUUGUCUUAAAAAAAUUAGAGUCUAUUGACUCAUUAAGAUUUAUUUGCAAUUAUUUAUUACAGUAUUGUAAAGCAACAGAAACUAUAAAAUAUAGACGAACUCUACUAGGAAUUGACAUUUUAAGUAUGUUAAAUGUUCAAGAGAGACCAUUAUAUAUUCAUCUUAUCAAGGAACCGUUAUUAAUGUUAGAACAAUUGCUGAUGAAUUGUAAAUUUGAAAGUAUUCAAAGGAUAUUAAGUAGAAUUCAAAACAAAUUAAAUCAAACGGAUAUCCCAAGAAGUAGCUUUGACAAAAUUAUAAGAUUCUAUGCUCAAAAGUCAUUGGAUUGUCGUGUAUCUCUACAAUGUGAUUCUAUUGAAAACAAACCAAAAAAUGUACAACAUUCUGCUUCAGAAAUAGAAAACAUUGAGUUUGUUAUGCCUAUAGUUGUUCCUACCAAAGAAGAAUGGAUACCUAAUGAUAAGGCUGGGAAAUGUAGUUGCUGCAAAAGUGUUAUAUUUUCAAUGUUUAAUAGACGACAUCAUUGUCGUAGAUGUGGCCGGGUUAUUUGUGCAACAUGUUCCCAACAUCGCAUGCAAGUAUCUGGUUAUCCACCCUCUGUACUUGUUCGCGUAUGCACCGACUGUAAACGACAGACCGCAUUACAAAUACACACUUUUCAAGGAACAGAGUCCACUCCAAGUAGUGAAAUAUUUGAUUAUUGGCGAUUAACAAGAGACCAGAAACACAAUGAUACUAUCAGGGAAGAAUUUUCAUUUGAAUAUGCCCCAAACAUUUCUUUAUGUUUAGCUAUUCUGAAUUUGCAUUCCGAACAUCAAACAUAUGCUAGUUUUCUAUUAGAUUGUUGUGACGAAAUGAAACGUCUUCUACGACCUGUUAAUGGUGGUAGAGUAAAUCCUGAAGUUGAUCACACAGUUAUUAUUAAAAUGAUACGUUCCUUGUUAGUAGCUGCAAAAGUUAAAUGUGCCAAGCUUGGUCUUAAUACGGGACUAGCUCAUUGUGAUCGUUUUCUAUCGCAAGUGGAUCUUAUUGCAAGUCUUAUUCAAUUUGAUUGUUUACAUUUAAUACCAUCUGAUAGUCUACAUGAUCACACCCUAAGAAAGUUGAGAGAUCUUUUAAUUAAAAAAGAACAAUGGACUCUUGCUUUAGAUGUAAGCACUAAAGCAGGUUUAGAAUGUUUAGAUACACAAGGAGUUUGGGCAACUUGGGGUAAAGCAUGUUUAAAAAUGGGAUAUUUUAAUCAAGCACGAGACAAAUUUUUCCACUGUCUUGAUAAAGUACAGCCUGAGAAUUUUGAUGAUUGGGUAAUUCUGUCAUAUCCAGAAGAAUCAGAAAUUCUGAGCAAAAAUGGAACUCAGAAGCUAAUAAAUGAAACUAAUAAAAACAAAGAAAUUAAAGUGGAUGAAUUAAGCACAAAGAAGAUAGAAUUUUCAAAAAAUCGUCCAUUAAAAGAUCCGCCAUUACUUAUAGAAAUCCUACAAAUAUUGGAUAAUUUAAGCAUAUACAAGCAAUAUGUACAGCAUCCUCAUCAAUACAAGUUCAAUACCUCGCAAGAAAUGUUAAAUAAUUUUGGAAGCUUUAAAAUCGCUAAUCAAAGACAGCUUGAUAUUAAAAACACAUCUGUAACGGUACAAAAUAUUUGUUAUCAUGAAAGCAUUUAUUAUUUAUUAACUUAUGGAAGUUAUAACUCAAUUUUAGAGUUCUUUUUAAAACAUGAGAAAUAUGAUAAAUGUCUUAUUUUUACUUUAGAAAACAAUUUGGAACCCGAUUUAUUUUUCAAUGCAAUUUACUUAUAUUGUUUAAGAAAUGGAAGUAUUGACAAACUUCAUGAAGCAAUGAUGAACAAGGAUUCAAAUUUAUUAAUUUGGAAGAAAUAUUUAAUAUAUAUUUGUCAUAGUUUAGAAAAAAGACAAUACUUGAAUAUUUUAUAUCAUUUGCAACUUUUUAUGAAAGAUUUUAUACGUGCUGCAAUGACUUGUAUCCGCUUUUAUCUUAACGAUGUAAGCAACUAUUCAGAUUUAAAUGCUAAAAUUAAUUUCUUAUUCGACGCCCAAAAACAUUUGGAAUCUGAGUUGCAAAUUGAAAUUUUAAGUCGUAAAAGAAAACGAAGUACGAGCUCCAUGUAUAGCAAUCAAGGAAUUCUAACAAUGGAAAUGGAACCAUCAGAGAUAGAUAAACAUAUAAAUUCAAUUUCCAGACAAAUGGAAAUUACAAAGUUUCUAGCAAAUUGUGAAAAAGAGGGAAGAGCUCCUAUUCACUUUUUAAGCAUAUUCCCAAAAAAGGACUCUAAUAAUUCUUCUAAUCUGGAAAUACCAACAUUAUUUGGUGAUCAACAACAAAAGAUUGACUUGGCUGUUUUAGCUAUUCUUUGUGGACGAAAUAUUGAAGAAGGAUUUGGCAUAGCAUUUAGAAUAAUCCAAGAUUACAAUUUACCACAGCAAAAAGUGUAUUCUCUAACUGGACACAUUUUGGGAAUGAAGAACAAUAUUUCCGCAAUAGAACAAUUAAUUAAAUGUUGUCAUACGUCUGGGAUUGCAAAUUCAUAUAUUAUAUCAGAUUAUGUAUUGACUCACUGUGUGAAGUUGUUAUUAACUCAUCAACAUGAUGAAACCAACUCACUUUUAAAAAAUGAUAUUUAUAAUCUUAUUAAAUUAAUAACUGACAUAGAACUUAAAAUAAAUGCAUAUAUCGAAUGCAAACAAUUAAAAGCAGCAUACCUAUUAGCUGUGAAACAUUCAAGAGCACAAGAUAUAAGAAAAAUUUUGAAGGAAUCAGAUAGGCUUGGUCGAAAUGCUAUUAAAGCAAUAUGUAUAAAAUGGCUUCAGCAAGAACCAAAAUUAUAA